UGUUUAUAUGUGAGACAAACAAGUGUAAUAUACAAAAAUGGGUAAAAAGUCGUCUGUCUAUUUGGUAUUUUGGUCUAAGUCGGCAUUGGCGACUCCUUUUGACUAGACAUCCGUAAUUCUGUCUGGCGUCCGAUUGGUUAUGGAUGACCGGGGAUGGGUUAAUUGUUCGAUCAAUAAUUGUUUCCCUGUCCAAUCCCAAAGCUCGCAUUCCUCCCCCCAGACAUCCGAAAAAUGCCCCAACCUGGCCUCAAGGUAAGGUUUAAAUUCUUUCUGCAAUUGCUACCUCCUAGGAACAUCCCAUGAUCUCCAAAAGAGGAAUUAAUUUUUGUCCGGCAAUUCACAGUUCUUCCACAUCCAAACCAGCUUAGUUUUCAUUUGCUUUAUAGAAAACCUUGGAUGAGUAAAGAAUUGUUAGCUGCGGAGUUGCUGAGCUGAGGGGGGACUUGUGAUUGUUUCAUGGGCAACACAUGCCGUGGAUCUUUGGGAGGCAAGCAUUUUCAGGGCUACACACAGCCCGAAGAUCAUUCCAUUUCCAAAUGCAAACAAUCUUCUGGCUGUUCGAAAUCUUGUCCUGAUAAUCAUAAAUCCUCACCCACUAAGCUACCCUCUCACGAUAAUCAAGAUUUUGCUAAGGAUACCCCAUCCAGCCCAAGCAAAGACCAACCCAUACCUAUCAUUUGUCCUGGAAAAGAGAGAAUGCAUCGCCCUACCAAUAACCAGGCUCAUAAUGUGCUAGGUCAUAAGACUGCUAACAUUCGUGAUCUAUACACACUGGGCCGUAAGUUGGGUCAAGGUCAGUUUGGCACUACUUACCUCUGUACUGAGAUUUCCACAGGUAUCGAAUAUGCUUGUAAAUCUAUUUCAAAAAGAAAGUUGAUCUCCAAAGAAGACUUGGAGGACGUACAGAGGGAAAUUCAGAUAAUGCACCAUUUGGCUGGUCACAAGAACAUUGUUACUAUAAAGGGGGCAUAUGAAGACCCUUUAUAUGUUCAUAUUGUGAUGGAACUCUGUAAUGGUGGCGAGUUGUUUGACCGCAUCAUUCAUCGAGGGCACUAUAGUGAGAGAAAGGCUGCUGAAUUGAUCAAAAUUGUUGUUGGGGUUGUUGAGUCAUGCCACUCCCUUGGGGUUAUGCACAGAGAUCUUAAACCAGAGAAUUUUUUGUUGGUUAACAAGGAUGAUGAUUUCUCUCUCAAAGCCAUUGAUUUUGGACUCUCAGUCUUUUUCAAGCCAGGUCAAAUAUUUACUGAUGUUGUUGGAAGCCCAUAUUAUGUUGCCCCUGAGGUGCUUUUAAAGCAUUAUGGUCCAGAAGCAGAUGUCUGGACAGCAGGGGUUAUACUCUACAUAUUGUUAAGUGGUGUACCUCCUUUUUGGGCUGAAACACAACAGGGUAUAUUUGAUGCUGUAUUGAAAGGACACAUCGAUUUUGACUCGGACCCUUGGCCCUUGAUAUCAGACAGUGCAAAGGAUCUAAUCAGGAAGAUGUUAUGCAUGCACCCAUCUGAGCGCUUAACUGCUCAUGAAGUAUUGUGUCAUCCUUGGAUCUGUGAAAAUGGUGUUGCUCCUGAUAGGGCAUUAGAUCCAGCUGUACUCUCUCGCCUCAAGCAGUUUUCGGCUAUGAACAAAUUGAAGAAGAUGGCUUUACGAGUAAUUGCUGAAAGCUUGUCAGAAGAGGAGAUCGCUGGUUUAAGAGAAAUGUUUAAGGCCAUGGAUACUGAUAACAGUGGUGCUAUUACAUUUGAUGAACUCAAAGCUGGAUUAAGAAAAUAUGGAUCUACUCUGAAGGAUACAGAGAUACGAGAACUAAUGGAUGCGGCAGAUGUGGAUAACAGUGGGACCAUCGACUAUGGAGAAUUCAUAGCGGCUACUAUUCACCUUAACAAAUUAGAACGCGAGGAACAUCUUAUGGCUGCGUUUCGAUAUUUUGACAAAGAUGGAAGUGGAUAUAUUACAGUUGAUGAGCUCCAACAAGCUUGUGCUGAACAUAACAUCACAGAUGUUUUCUAUGAAGAUAUUAUCCGAGAAGUUGAUCAGGACAAUGAUGGAACGAUUGAUUAUGGGGAGUUUGUUGCCAUGAUGACAAAAGGAAAUGCAGGUAUCGGAAGGCGAACUAUGAGAAGCAGUCUUAAUAUAAGCAUGAGGGAUGUACCGGGAGCUCAUUAGCUUUUCUGUUAGACGUAAUGUUCAUAGGCAGUUUGCCACAACUGUUCUAUUGUUGGAAGUCUAGUUAAUGUUUGUUUGGCAUAUGGGAAAAGACCAUUUCAGUUGUUUCAAAUGUUUGGAGGAUUUGAUUUGUGACCUUCAAGCUUUGCCACGGCAGCAGGGAGUUUGUUUUGAUAUCUCUUGAACUACAUCAUCUAUAUGUUGUACAGAAUUGAAAGCAGAUGAUGAUCAGUAAUUGAUUAGAUAAGGAACAAUCUAUCCUUCCUUCCCAAGCUUGGAGCAAUUCUCUUCUUUUAUGUCAUUGGGUGCCUGCUGAAAUUGUUGUAAGCUUUGUAGGCUCUUCUAAGUGUGCAAUUUUUUUUAGCUGCAUCAAACUGGCUUGUAAUGUUUUUGCUUUGCGUCAUAAGUCAUAACUUAUGCUAUUGUUUUUAUUUGCAUGCAUAAGUAAGUUCUUACUUUUAGAGAUUCCAGGAAGCGCCCUGGGAAUAGUAUUUAUUUACUCAUUGAAAGAAUUUGAAUAAAUAUUAUUAUAUGCAUAAAGUUACUACGUGUUCAAUUCAUCAAUUCUGUUUUUUGACAAUGCCUCUAAUAACA